AUGGGAUUUGGAGAGACUAUCAAGAGGUACCUUCACAACGUUCGUGGAGAUAACGAUGAAGGCAAAACGUUGUACCUUAUGGAUUACAAAAGGCUUAAGGGGAUUCUCAUGAAUUGCUGGGCAAACAACGUUGCUAAGACAACCAACGAACCUUGCCAUUUUUGUGAUGAAAGGUUGAUGGUGGAAUUGAGAAGGGAAAGUUGGGAGGUAGAGAGGUGUUUUAGGUACAGAGUAAAAGAAGUGGUGCGAGUCCAUGCCGCCGGGGGUGUGGAGAGAUGCAUCGCAUCAAUGCGCCGCUAUUUCUUCAACGACCGCCGAGAGAUAGCCAAAGAGUGUCGCCGUUUGAUGCAAUAUGCCGCGGACAACGCGGCUCUUAUGCACAAAAUCAUUCACAAGUAUAAUCAAGUUCACAAUUGUAAGGGUGGGAGCAGAAACUGUGAAUCUACGUUUGGUGCUAAAAGCUUGAAUAUUCUGCAAUCGCCAUGGUUGAAAGAAUUGGGAGCUCUUUAUAUCAAUUUGAACGAAGACUCCAAUGGUGGAAAGUUCAAAGAUCUCUUCACUCCUUUCUCUUGUGAUCUCAAUCCUGCCGACCUUCUCAUUACUUUGAAUCUUUCAAAAUCCUUGAAACUCGAAUAUAGCAUAACAUGCCCUAUUUGUCUGGAUAUUGUUUUCCACCCGCAUGCACUGGGAUGUGGUCAUUUUUUCUGCAAAGAGUGUGCUUGUGCUGCGGCUUCUGUGACGAUUGCCCAAGGUUUCAAGGCCGCAACUCAGUAUUCAAAAUGCCCAACUUGCAGACAGGAAGGGGUUUAUGCCGAUGCAGAGCCUAUGAGGGAAUUAGGUUUGCUUGUGAAGAAGAGGAACAAGAAGUAUUGGAGGGAAAGGCGUGCAGCUGAAUAUGAAGCACGGCUAAAGCAAUCUGCGGAGGCUAAUACUGAUGCAUUAUUCGUGUUAGCGCUCUGA